CAGCUUUAUAUAACGCAAACAGGAAGCGAUGUUAUGAAAACAAACGCACUCUACACCCUGACAGCAAGGACCAAACAGACAGUUUUGAGCACUUUGACACCAGCCAUGCUGAAAGCUGUGGGACAAGCUCUGUUCUCGACUGGACUGCAGAACCCUAAAUUCACUGCAGAGGAGAAACAGGAACAAGACUAUGAGAUUCGCACCUAUCAUGCCACUAACUGGGUGAGCACGACUCUGAGUGGGAUGCAGUGGGAUGCUGCCAUGAACACUGGCUUCCGCAGGCUCUUUAACUACAUUCAAGGCAACAAUCACAACAAGGUGAAAGUGGAGAUGACGGCCCCUGUGUCGUGCCGCGUGGACCCUGGAGCCGGCCCUGCAUGUGAGUCUCAAUUCACUGUAUCCUUCUACAUCCCAGAGGAGCAUCAGGACAAUCCACCGGAGCCAAGCGACCCGGAGGUGUUUGUGGAGAACAGGAAGGAGUUCACAGCUUAUGUCAGGACAUAUGGUGGUUUCUCCAAUGAGAAAAUGAAGCGUGAAGAGCUCCUGAAACUUCUGGAAAGCCUGCAAAGAGACGGAGUCCAAUACGUCGACAAGCCGUUCUACGCAGCCGGCUAUGACAGUCCAUUCAAACUGACCAACCGCAGGAACGAGGUCUGGGUCCUCAAGCAGCAGCCGGAGUAGGAAGUUUAAAGGUCACGCAGCACUCAGCCCAUGAUAACUUUAAAUAUUCACUAAGAAAAAAAGUUUAUAUGAUCUCUUGAUAACACUCUGUCUGACAUUACUUAUCAACGUCCAAAGGGAAAUAAACAUUGUAAUUAUAAAAGUGUGAUGGAUGAAAUGGGAAGUUUAAAAGGUCGCACUAACAACCAACAUUUGUCUUUUUUUAUUUAUUUCCUUUGAAAGUUACUGAAUUAUAGACUCACUGAAAGUCCUGAGAAUGAUUACAAGAGGUCACCAUUAACAAACUGGAUACAGUGGGCCAAUAUUGCCAGCAGGUGGAGCCAAGUAGUCAGGAAACAUUUUCUUUCUUUUGAUGCAUCUUGUUACAGAAACCUCAAGUGCCUCCUCACUUUAUUAUUAAUGAAAAUAAUAAUAAUAAUUGAAAAUACACUAAUCCUCAGCUCUUGCAUUACGUGCAUUAAUAAUUUCUACUUAUUCAGUGAUACUUAAACGUAAAGAAAAUACCUUAAAUUUCAAUAAUGUGAUAAUUCUGUAUUUGUUUUCACCUAAACCUUCAUAUAAAAAAGACUGUGUGCAGGAUGAAGAAAUAAAGUCCAUGUUUUAAAGCAGUACUUAUCGAUGAUUUUACAGUAAGAUGUGGGACAAAAUCCACAGUCCUCAUUCUGUGUAAAGAUUCUUUCUAAAGUUGAGCCAAAGCCAAUAUGAGGCUCUAAUACAGUUAGUUGAGUACAAAAUUCCUUCUUUGUGUUACGGCUGCUCACCAAGGACAGACUGUUCAUGAAAACACAACACAAGACUUUUGUGUAAGAAAAUAAUUUAUAAAGAAAUCCACUUAAUAAGCCUUAGAUUAUUUUAGAGAACUGUGGAUUACAUGGGAAUCACCGUAGGAAGGGACUUCUUUGCAGGACAAAUAACACUUUCAAUGUAGAAGUUGAUAUGCUAUUAUUGUUUUUAAGAUGAACUUGGAAAAACUGUGAACUGAUCCUUUAACUCUGUAGUUCACCUGCAGAUUUUUUCCUCUUGUUAGUAAGUAGUCGUGUUGUGAAGGUGACUCCUGCCUGACAAAAUGUUGGGAAGUCUCAGUUUAUCUGAGCUCAGACCUGAUUUACCGUCACUCACUGCUAUCACACUCGUAAUGAUGAAGGACUGAGUCACUGUAAAUCUGGACCAGUCAUACCUGCAUCACUCACGUCUCAGCAAAAAAAACAACAAAACACCCCUCUGAUGAAUUAAUAAGUGUGUGGUUUUCCUGCUUGUGUGCUUUAAACUCAGAUUUAGUAACAUUUCUGGUGCUUGCUGUGUGUUGGAUAUUAGCAAAGAGUGACACUUACAAGCUAACAUUAACAUUAUGCCUUAUAUCUUUUAUGAGUUUACCACUUUUUAUACAUUAAAUCAUGUUGAUCCUCAUAUUUAGAGCUCAUGAUGUACUAGAAAUUGUGUUUUUAAUCCAGAAGAAGGGGUUUUACAUGGUACUUGAUGACACUGCACUGAUAAAUGAUUAAUGGGAUAUAUUUCAUACCCUUUUUUUUUUUUAAAUGAUGUUUAAGAAUGUAAAAUUAUCUCAUCAAUAAUAAAUAUAACUCAGCAUCAAA